CAUGCUCAUCCUCUAGAAACGCCACCGAAUCAGAUCCAUCAGCCAUGACGUCAGCAGCCGAAAGAACUUUGACUCGAACUCCGAAGCUACUAAAGCUCAACUGACGAGGCGGCGGAGCAGAGCAAAGGCAAGAAGACGCCAUGGCCACGGACACCUCAUGGCUCCUGCUCCUCGUCGCUCUCGUCCUCCCGCUCGUCGUCCUCCUCGCGCGGCGGCGCCGGAGCGGCGGUGGCAGCCGCCGCAUCCCGCCUGGCCCGCUCGCCGUGCCGGUGCUCGGAAGCCUCCUGUGGCUGAGGCACUCCUCGGCGAACUUGGAGCCGCUCCUCCAGCGCCUGAUCGCGCGGUACGGCCCCGUCGUGUCGCUGCGCGUGGGCUCCCGCCUCUCCAUCUUCGUCGCCGACCGCCGCGUCGCGCACGCGGCCCUGGUGGAGCGCGGCGCCGCGCUCGCCGACCGCCCGGACGUCACGCGCUCGCUGCUCGGCGAGACCGGCAACACCAUCACGCGCUCCAGCUACGGCCCCGUGUGGCGUGUCCUCCGCCGCAACCUCGUCGCCGAGACGCUGCACCCGUCGCGCGUCCGCCUGUUCGCGCCCGCGCGCUCCUGGGUUCGCCGAGUGCUCGUCGACAAGCUCGCGGACGGCGCGCGCCCCGAGUCCGAGCCGCCACGCCCGCGCGUGGUGGUGGAGACGUUCCGGUACGCCAUGUUCUGCCUCCUCGUGCUCAUGUGCUUCGGCGAGCGGCUCGACGAGGCCGCGGUGCGCGCCAUCGGCGCCGCGCAGCGCGACUGGCUCCUGUACGUCGCGAGGAAGACGAGCGUAUUCGCGUUCUACCCGGCGGUCACCAAGCACAUCUUCCGCCGCCGCCUCCAAAUAGGCCUCGCCCUGCGACGGCAGCAGAAGGAGCUCUUUGUGCCACUCAUCGAUGCCCGGCGAGCGCGCAAGAACCAUAUCCAGCAAGCCGGCGGCCCACCGGUGCCGGAGAAGGAGACGACGUUCGAGCACUCGUACGUCGACACGCUGCUCGACGUAAGCCUCCCCGACACCGACGGCGACAGCGCCCUCACCGAGGACGAGCUGGUGAUGCUCUGCUCCGAGUUCCUCAAUGCCGGCACCGACACGACGGCCACCGCGCUGCAGUGGAUCAUGGCCGAGCUGGUCAAGAACCCAUCCAUCCAAUCCAAGCUCCACGACGAGAUCAAGUCCAAGACCAGCGACGACGAGAUCACCGAGGAGGACACCCACGACAUGCCGUACCUGAAGGCCGUCAUCCUCGAGGGCCUCCGCAAGCACCCGCCGGCCCACUUCGUGCUGCCGCACAAGGCGGCGGAGGACGUCGAGGUCGGCGGGUACCUCAUCCCCAAGGGCGCGACGGUGAACUUCAUGGUGGCCGAGAUGGGAAGGGACGAGAGGGAGUGGGAGAAGCCGAUGGAGUUCAUCCCUGAGCGGUUCCUCGCCGGCGGCGACGGCGAGGGAGUGGACGUGACGGGCAGCCGGGAGGUCCGGAUGAUGCCGUUCGGCGUCGGGAGGAGGAUCUGUGCCGGGCUCGGCGUUGCCAUGCUACACCUGGAGUAUUUCGUGGCGAAUUUGGUGAAGGAGUUCGAGUGGAAGGAGGUGGCCGGCGACGAGGUGGACUUGACCGAGAAGAAUGAGUUCACCACUGUGAUGGCAAAGCCGCUCCGUGCUCAGCUUGUUAAACGGGCUUAGUUUUUUUUUUUUGAGUGUCUGUAAGACGGAACUGGAUCCUCUGACGUGAACUGCUCCGUGACAUGGUCACUAACAAGUGGGUCCGCGAGUGGUGGGGUUCACAUGUCAGUCACCACGUCUCUCUGACUUCACGUCAGAGGAUCCCAAUCCCUAAGACAUGCAUGCGCAUCUUUCUACCAUAUGAUUAAUACCAUAGAUUCAUGAAAAAAUAAUACGUGAGGCUUAACAAAUUAGGCCAACACAAUUUGGUGCA